GGAUACCAGUGCAUAAAAUUAAGAAAUAAGUGAAGUACAUAAAGACGAAAGUUCAGACUUCUGUUACGUGGCAUUCAGUUUAAAACAAAAAAUAAAUAUUGAAGUUCGUCUGAUUGUUCCUGUAUAUCAAAUAUACAAAUAAGUUUGACACCAAGGCGACCUUUAAAUAUCAACUGGAAAAAGUUACAAUAUAUCCGUUAACAAUCAUGAUAAAAAUAGCAAUAAUCUGCUUACUAAUUUCCAUGAUCAGAAGCGAAAGGUGUUCCUUUAGUUCUGAAGAGAUGAAUCAAUUGAAAAAUCAUUACGAAAAAGCGGAAAAGAAAAUGGAAGAAGCAACUCAAAGUCAAAGUGAAAAUGCGGCAAUUAUCCUAGGCUACAGAAGAAGUGGCAAAAGUACACUAAUUAAUUACUUAUUGGAAAAUAAUAACUUGCAAGAACAAGAAACUACAAUUCCGUUAAAAAUAAGCUCAACAAGGCAAGAAUUAAUGAAUUUGGACAUCUGGGAUACUGCUGAAUUUUCGGACAAUGAAAAUAAAAUGCAAAUAUUAAUCAAUUCCUUUCAUCUCUAUCAUUUGACGAAAAAAGUAGAAAAUCUAAAAUUUAUUUUAGCUAUCAACUUUAGUGACAUUAAAUAUGACUAUCCUGAAAAUAUGAUAAAUCUCUUAAAUAUUUUGGAUGAAUACUUGAAUGGCUGCUAUAAAGAUAUUUUUCCAAGCAUAUCAAUAAUUAUCACAGAAGCACCCCUCGAAGUUAAUCGUUUUACGGUCAAUUCUGAUUACAUAAAAUAUAAAUUAGACAGGAAUCUCUUGUCAAAUUCGUAUAUAUCCGAUGAUUCAAAAUCUUUAAUACAGGAUAUAAUGAGUAAUAUCAAUCGUGUAGCCUUCCUCAGGCAAUCGCAAUCUGAUCAGAAUCCUUCUCCUAAUACCAAUGAUGAUAUUAUUCAAGCUAUUAAAACCUGCAAGAGCGUAACCAAAUCAUCUCACCAGAACAUCAGUUUCCCAAUUUCAGCACAAUUAAAAAAUUGCCUGCAAAACACCAAUGAAGAAUUGAUGCCCAUGAGUCAACUUCUUGAAUUAGGGGAAAAAAUCUUUGACAUGUUCAAGGAAAACAACAAUAGUUUUUGUCAAACGAACGAUACAAGUACUUUAAACGAAAAUAAAGCCAAAUUGGAGAAUAUCUACAAAAGUAUCAAUGCUUCUUCAACAGAUAAUUCUGAUGCACUGGCUAAACUUGAACUUCUAAAAAAGAGUCAUGAUACUAUUAAAACCUUCAUUGAGGAAAAAAGUUUAGAGUCUAAAAUAAGCCAUACUAAAUUUAUUGAUAGUAUACUUAAAUAUGGCAAAUUUGAAAGAAUAUGCAUUAUGUUAGAUAGUAUUAUUAACGAAACAGAUCAGAGAAUCUCAAAAUUAAUUUCCAUCUGUUCAGAGAAGUUAAACAAAACAAACAAUUAAAAUAAAUAUCAAAUUAAACCUCAAGAAGAAGAAACCAUUUGGCAAAGAUUUCAGGAAAUACUUUGCAAAUUCUUAUUUUAAAAACACUAAUUUUCAUUAGAGGUUAAUUUAAAUAAUUGUGAACUAAAAAAUGUAUUUUACUGUAUCUAGACAGUUAUUACGUUAAUAUUAAAAAAUAAAUUUCAAAAAAUACA